CCUCGGAGAGCACUCCAGAGACCCCAAACGAGACAGUAGCUGGUUCACUUCUACACAGUCCGUUGCCUGAGCAGCAAUUCAGCUCUGGAGCACAUCAGCAUGAAUACAAUUAGACCACUCCAGAGCCUAGCAGGCGUCGCUCGCCGGAGUCUCCUCCAGCCAGGGUUGUCGCGAACCUUCUCGAGCUGCGUGCCGUCGCUAUCCAGCGUUCUUCCGCCGCGGGGCUGGACACCCACGCCGUUCGUUACUGAGACAGUGGGAGGUGGCUGGCACACAUAUGAUAUCUUUUCGCGUCUGUUGAAGGAGCGCAUAAUCUGUCUCAAUGGCCAAGUCGACGAGACGCUUUCCGCCUCGAUCGUAGCGCAGCUCCUGUUCUUGGAAGCUGAUAAUCCCGAGAAACCGAUUCACUUGUACAUCAACUCGCCUGGAGGCUCUGUGACAGCUGGACUCGCGAUUUACGACACAAUGACCUACAUUGCUUCUCCCGUUAGUACUAUCUGCGUCGGACAGGCCGCAUCGAUGGGUUCUCUUCUCCUCUGCGGUGGCCAUCCUGGAAAGCGAUACUGUCUUCCUCACUCCUCGAUUAUGAUUCACCAGCCAUCGGGCGGAUACUUCGGACAGGCGAGCGAUAUCGCAAUCCACGCAAAGGAAAUCCUUCGGGUUAGGAGCCAACUGAAUAAGAUUUACAAACGACACUUGACAGGAAAGAAAGAGCUGUCGCUCGACGAGAUCGAGAAGCUGAUGGAGCGUGACUACUUCAUGGGUGCAAACGAAGCCCUCGAAAUGGGUAUCGUAGACGAGAUCUUAGACCGGAGAAUCAAGCCCAAGAAUGAAGGUGGAGAAGAUGACACGAAGACCCCGGUUUCAUAGAAAGUGGUCCGGGACGUGGUGCUUUUUUUCUAGGAUGAGGUGAAACCUGUACAAUAUAAUGACCAGUCAUGCCUAUCAACCCCAGGGGCUGCGAUCCUCUAUAACCAGAUCUAACGUGCUUUCCGGCCUACAUAGCCACUUCUUCCUGGCUUGAUCAGUAUUGAAUGCACACAACGA